AACAAAACCUAAUAAAAAGAAAACAAUCCCUAACCCCAAACCCAAUCGUUGUUUUUUUUGUCUUUUCCUUGUGCUUUCUUGAAGCAAACCAGCGUUAAACCCUCAAAAAGUAACCAACAACACUCAAUACUCUUCACAUAAGGCAUUAAGAACCACUAUUCAUACAGUGAGAUUGAAAUAUGGCAGAGCCUAAUACAUCAUUAGCAACCAGUGAAAGAAUAAGCAGGCAAGCUCCUCAGUUAGUUACUGUAUUAAAGGAGAUGAAACAAGGAUUGGAUACUGUUAGUUCAAAAAUCCAAGCUUUAACUGCAAAGGUGAAAGCAGAUCACUUUCCAACAGCAGAUGGAAUAAGUUACCUCGAAACGAAGCAUCUCCUACUUCUGAAUUAUUGCCAAUCACUUGUCUAUUAUUUGCUCCGCAAGGCAAAAGGACUCUCAAUUGAAGGGCAUCCAGUUGUUCGGAGUCUGGUGGAGAUAAGAUUGUUUUUGGAGAAGAUUCGUCCCAUUGACAAGAAACUACAGUAUCAAAUUCAGAAGCUCACAAGAGAUACUGACACUGCUUCUGAGAAGUCAGUUAUAAGUGAGAAGGGAACAGAUACUCAGAAGGAGGACCUAUUGAAGUAUCGUCCAAAACCUGAUAUGCUUGUUGGUAAAAGGCCCCCCGCAGAGGAUAAUGUAUAUAGACCCCCCAAAUUUGCACCUGCUAUUAUCGCCGAGGAAAAGAUGUCGAAGCAGGAGAGAAAUUCUUUGAGGAGGGAGAAAGAGAAAAUGCGAAAUGCUGAACAAAGCCCCUAUAUGAGAGAUUUGUUGAAUGAUCUUGAAGGAAAACCCGAAGAGGUAAGAGAAGCUGUUGGAACUGAAAGUAGAGAACUCACAAGGUACAUGGGUCAAAUGGAAGAACGUGCACGAAUAGAAGAGGAUGAGUUUACUCGUGCCCCGCUUACAAAAUUGGAGAAAAAGAAAAUGAAACAUCUGAAGAAGUCAAGAAAUGGGUUGCUUGGUCUAACAGAUAGUUUCUAUGAUGAGAUAAAAAGUUUGCCUUUAGGCGAAUCUGUUCCUGAACAAUCAGUGAACUUUGAGAACGGCACCGCCGGAAUCAAACAACAGAAGAAGCGUAAGAGGAGGAAUUGAAUGACUGCUGGCGUGAGUACAUUUUACCCAUCAAUAUAGAGACUUUAAAGUAGGAAUGGUUAGAGGUUCCAUGGGCUCAUGGAAGAUGUACAACUUUGUCAUGAUGUUGAAUUUUUGUGUCUUUUAUCGCUCCAAAAUCUUGGACCAUAUUUGUUUUUGUAGUCAGCAGUGAUGAUUGAAGCCGAGAUGCAUCAUUUGAAAGUUUCUUGCUGCAAGGCUGAAUUUGGUUCACAAGUAUCUUAUCUUUUGAAAAGUAUGGGGCAGUUGAUAGGUACAAAUACAAUGAAGCCUCUUAUGGUUAGUUGUAUAAUCAUCUUCACGAAAUCAAAAGGAAAUUGUACCUCUUUCUAAGCAAUUCUCACCGGUAGGGGAACCAACUCUUUUUGGACGGUCAUAGCAUAUUAUAUUCAGGGUGCAAACCAAUUUUGGGCUUCAUUUGCGGUGUAAGCUGUUAAUGAUGCACGUUUCAUCUAAGUGAAAAACUAAGUUUAUUGA